CAAUAAAAUCAGACAGAGUCAAACACAAAGAGCAAAUCAGAAGAGGCGAGGAAUGUCCACCACCAUGACUGAACAAGUGGGUUCGCUUCCAAGCUUCCAGAGGUUAGUAGGGAAAGUGGCAUUGGUGACCGGCGGAGCCAUUGGUAUUGGAGAAAGCAUUGUGCGCCUGUUCCACAAACACGGUGCAAAAGUUUGUUUAGUCGAUGUGCAGGACAACCUGGGCUUGCAAGUGUGUGAAUCCCUCCACGGGGAUCCAAACAUUUGCUAUCUCCAUUGUGAUGUCACGGUGGAGGAUGAUAUUAGCCGUGCAGUUGAUUUCACGGUCAAUAAAUAUGGCUCACUGGAUAUCAUGGUCAACAAUGCUGGGGUGUCAGGUUCACCUUGUCCCGACAUCCGUGAUGCGGACUUAUCUGAGUUUCAGAAGGUGUUUGAUAUUAAUGUAAAGGGAGUCUUCCUCGGAAUGAAGCACGCAGCCAGGGCAAUGAUCCCCCGGAAAAAGGGCAGUAUAGUUUCUCUUUCCAGUGUUGCAAGUGCUGUGGCAGGCCUUGGACCACAUGCAUACACAGGGUCCAAGCAUGCUGUAUUGGGGCUUACCAAAAACGUUGCAGCUGAGCUUGGGAAUCAUGGGAUACGCGUUAACUGCGUUUCUCCUUAUGCAGUUGCGACGAAUUUGGCAUUGGCUCACUUGCCCGAGGAAGAAAGAACAGAAGAUGCCUGGACAGGUUUCCGUACUUUUGUAGCGAAUAACGCCAACUUGCAAGGAGUGGAAUUGACAGUUGAUGAUGUAGCCAAUGCUGUGCUGUUCUUGGCAAGUGAUGAGUCCAAGUAUAUAAGUGGCGAUAAUCUCAUGCUUGAUGGGGGCUUCACUGCUGUGAAUCACUCAUUGAGAGUCUUUAGAUGAUGAGUAGAGUUGACUGGGUUGAUGCUUUAUUACCACUAGCAUCUUUGGAGCAUUUGUCAUGGAAAAUGAUUUCCGCACUUCCAUUUCCUCCCAUGCGCUUCUUUUGUUUUUGUCCAUUGACACCCCUUUGAUUAUUCAAUCAAGUGGCUGGGAGAAAAAUAAAUAAGGAGUGCAAGGGAAGAAAAAAGGAGCGCGGAAAUCAUUUCCCUUUCGUCAUUCUUGGCCUGCCGGGACUUUCAGUUGUAUUUGGUGAAUAAGAAGAUUGGAAAAGAUUGGACAUGGAUCCAGAUUGCCGGAAUCUGGAAAAACAUAUAUACUUUCAUUCUGAACAUUUAGAAGUUAAUCAAUUAUUGCUUUUCAUUA